AUGCCUUUUUUAGUAAAUGGACAGUUAGGACCCGCCACUUUCUGGGACUACUUUGUUUGGUAUUCGCCGAACGAUAAAACUUUUGUGCUACGGUGGGAACCUGAGGAUUUACAGAAAGUUGGCGUAGAUGAAAUCGAAAUGACUGUGACACCAAGCUCUGGAACUGGGCAACCCCUGCAUGAAAAAGUGAAUAUCGCAACUAAAUUAAUCCGAUUUACCAACAUUCUGCUCAGCUCAGGAUUCGAAAUUAGCAUGCAAGCACUUCGGAAUGAGACUCGUGUCAUACGACACAUAGUAAGGCUUAAAACAUACAAGACUGGUUGUCCAACUGAUCUCCUCCACUGCAGGUUAACAAUGCAGCAGAGGAUGCACCAGUCGCCAAUCACUCGUCUUCACCUAAAAAUAACAUGCCUUUUAUAG